AUGGGCGAAUCGGACAUUUGGGAUUAUUUCCGCAAGUGCGAUUCGGAGGACGGCUCGAAGCGCGCCAGGUGUUUGAUAUGUGAGCAGUCGCUGAGUUACGCGUCAACCUCGCACAAUCUUAGGUCGCAUCUCGCGCGGGUUCACCCUGACGAAGUGUCGCUGACUGUGAAGCCACGGUUGCGGGCAACAUCGAGGAAAAACCGCUCCCUGAUAUGGCUGUACUUCAACAAGCUGAGGGGCGCCGACUGCGUGGCCCUGUGCAACGUUUGCAAGAAGCCAUGCUCCUACAAAAGCACCAUCACCAACCUGAGGACCCACUUGGCGCGCUUGCACAAGCCGGACUACAACGAGAUGUUGAAAAUUGCGCGAGAAAGGUCGAACGGCAACGAGGAGAUUUACUUGGAGUACGUGGACGGCGACGAGGACUCCAACCAGUCGGCGGCGGCGCCCGACGUGUGGAGCUUCUUCGAGAAGGAGACAGGCGGCCGAGCGCGAUGCGUCGUCUGCAGGGCGACGUUGCCGCACCGCGCGCACGAGUUGCGCGCCCACCUUAAGGAGAACCACCCCAAGCUGGCACAGGACGUCGGAGACCACUCUGAGAACGAGGAGGAGGAGGGCUCGAAUGAAACCUACACCGAGGUGGUCUAUCUGGAGGACGAGGCGCGGAAGCCGCCGCCGAGGCGGGAGUCGCGCCCUAGCAGCAGGCCCCAGCGGCGGCCCAGCAUGAAGCGGCGCGUCUCCAGCCCCUCGUCGGGCGAGGACGAGCAGGUGGAGAAGUUCGGCACGUACAUCACCUGCCUGCUGAAGACGAUACCCCGCGAGGUGUGCACCCGCCUCCAGAUGGAUAUCGUCAACCUGGUGAUGACCACGAAGCUGCGGACGGCCGCCUCGGAGGGAAAGGUGGUGCUGGAGGGCGUGGGCGUUCCGGUGACAGUGCAGGCGCUGCCCCCAGGAUACCUGGUGACUGUGCCCGACUCGGGAGCGAAGCAGGCUGCGGACGCGAAGGCCGACCCGCUCAAUCAGGAGCAAGAGAAGGCUUGCCAGGAUGCAGCU